AUGCCUGUACAAGCUCCACAAUGGACGGAUUUCCUCUCCUGCCCAAUUUGCACUCAGACUUUCGAUGAAACAAUUCGAAAGCCCAUCAGUUUGGGUUGUGGCCAUACUGUCUGCAAGAUGUGCCUGAAUAAACUCCACCGCAAGGCUUGCCCCUUUGACCAGACCACUAUCAAUACAGACAUUGAGCUCCUUCCCGUGAACUCAGCAUUGCUGCAGCUAGUGGGUGCUCAGGUCCCUGAGCAGCAGCCCAUUACUUUGUGUAGUGGGGUUGAAGAUACAAAGCAUUAUGAGGAAGCCAAGAAAUGUGUAGAAGAAUUAGCAUUGUACCUGAAACCACUCAGCAGUGCUAGAGGAGUGGGUCUGAAUAGCACUACUCAGAGUGUUCUGAGUCGCCCAAUGCAGAGGAAGCUGGUGACUCUGGUCCACUGCCAACUAGUGGAAGAAGAAGGCAGGAUUCGUGCUAUGAGAGCAGCUCGAUCUUUAGGUGAACGAACAGUUACAGAGCUCAUUCUUCAGCACCAGAAUCCUCAGCAACUCUCCUCUAAUCUUUGGGCAGCAGUCAGGGCUAGGGGCUGCCAGUUCCUUGGACCAGCAAUGCAGGAGGAAGCUUUAAAGCUGGUUCUCCUGGCCUUGGAAGAUGGUUCUGCUUUGUCAAGAAAAGUAUUGGUUCUCUUUGUGGUGCAAAGGUUGGAGCCGCGGUUUCCUCAGGCCUCUAAAACUAGCAUUGGGCAUGUUGUCCAGCUCCUUUAUAGAGCUUCCUGCUUCAAGGUCACCAAACGUGAUGAAGACUCUUCUUUGAUGCAGCUAAAAGAAGAAUUUAGAACCUACGAAGCUUUGCGGCGAGAACAUGACUCCCAGAUAGUGCAAAUUGCCAUGGAAGCAGGCUUACGAAUUGCACCAGACCAAUGGUCCUCUUUACUUUAUGGAGACCAGUCUCACAAGUCUCAUAUGCAGUCAAUUAUUGACAAGUUGCAGACCCCAGCCUCUUUUGCACAAAGUGUUCAGGAACUAACAAUUGCUCUCCAGCGAACUGGAGAUCCAGCAAAUUUGAACCGACUAAGACCCCAUUUGGAGCUAUUGGCAAACAUUGACCCUAGUCCAGAUGCUCCUCCUCCUACUUGGGAGCAGCUAGAAAAUGGGCUGGUUGCUGUGCGGACUGUGGUACAUGGGCUAGUAGACUAUAUCCAGAACCAUAGCAAAAAGGGAGCAGAUCAACAGCAGCCUCCACAGCAUAGCAAAUAUAAAACAUACAUGUGUCGAGAUAUGAAGCAGAGAGGAGGAUGCCCUCGUGGGGCCAGCUGUACAUUUGCACACUCACAGGAGGAACUGGAGAAGUUUCGUAAAAUGAACAAACGCCUAGUUCCCAGAAGACCCCUGAGUGCCUCUUUGGGUCAGCUUAAUGAGGUGGGCCUGCCUUCAGCAGCUGUCCUUCCAGAUGAAGGUGCAGUGGAUCUGCCUAGCAGAAAAACCCCUGCUCUGCCAAAUGGAAUUGUAUCAGCAGGGAAUACGGUAACACAGCUGAUUCCCCGAGGGACAGACGCCACCUACGAUUCUAGCCUCAAGCCAGGAAAGAUAGAUCAUCUGAGCAGUAGUGCCCCUGGAUCCCCUCCUGACCUGCUAGAAUCUGUCCCUAAGAGUAUUUCUGCCUUACCUGUGAAUCCACAUCCUGUACCUCCAAGGGGGCCGACAGACUUGCCUCCUAUGCCUGUCACCAAACCACUUCAGAUGGUACCACGAGGUUCUCAGUUAUAUCCAGCACAACAGGCAGAUGUUUAUUAUCAGGAUCCUCGAGGAGCUGCGCCACCAUUUGAACCAGCACCUUAUCAGCAGGGUAUGUACUAUACUACACCACCACAGUGUGUAUCUCGCUUUGUCAGACCUCCACCAUCUGCUCCUGAACCUGGUCCUCCCUACUUGGAUCAUUAUCCAGCCUAUCUCCAAGAUCGUGUAGUAAACUCUCAGUAUGGCACACAGCCACAACAAUACCCACCUGUGUACCCACCACACUAUGAUGGCCGCCGAGUAUACCCCGCUCAGUCUUACACAAGAGAGGAGAUUUUCCGAGAAAGUCCUAUACCCAUUGAGAUUCCACCUGCAGCAGUACCAUCCUAUGUACCAGAAUCCAGAGAAAGAUACCAGCAGAUGGAGGGUUACUAUCCAGUGGCUCCUCAUCCAACUCAGAUCAGACCUUCGUACAUGAGAGACCCUCCUUAUAGCCGGCUUCCUCCUCCUCCUCAGCCUCAUCCUAGUCUAGAUGAGCUACAUCGCAGACGAAAGGAAAUAAUGGCCCAGCUAGAGGAAAGGAAGGUUAUCUCUCCACCUCCUUUUGCACCUUCACCAACAUUGCCUCCUACCUUUCAUCAAGAGGAAUUUUUGGAUGAAGACUUGAAGGUAGCUGGGAAAUACAAAGGAAAUGAUUAUAGCCAGUAUUCUCCCUGGUCAUGCGACACCAUCGGCUCCUACAUUGGAACCAAAGAUGCAAAACCCAAAGAUGUGGUGGCUGCAGGGAGCGUGGAAAUGAUGAAUGUGGAGAGUAAAGGAAUGAGAGAUCAACGACUGGAUCUUCAGAGAAGAGCUGCAGAAACCAGUGAUGAUGACCUUAUCCCAUUUGGAGACCGACCAACUGUAUCGCGGUUUGGUGCCAUCUCUAGAACCUCCAAAACAAUAUAUCAGGGUGCUGGUCCAAUGCAGGCUAUGGCACCUCAGGGAGCUCCCACAAAACCUAUUAAUAUUUCAGAUUAUAGUCCAUAUGGAACCCACGGUGGCUGGGGAGGUUCUCCAUAUUCACCUCAUCAAAACAUACCUUCUCAGGGACACUUCAGUGAGAGGGAGAGACUGUCCAUGUCAGAAGUGGCCAGUCAUGGAAAACCCCUUCCAUCUGCUGAGAGGGAACAGCUACGACUGGAAUUGCAACAACUAAACCAUCAAAUCAGCCAACAGACUCAGCUCCGUGGACUAGAGGCUGUUAGUAACAGGCUGGUGUUGCAGAGGGAGGUGAACACCCUGGCAGGCCAGUCACAGCCCCCACCACCACCUCCAAAAUGGCCUGGAAUGAUUUCAAGUGAGCAGUUGAGCUUGGAACUGCACCAGGUGGAAAGGGAAAUCGGGAAGAGAACCCGGGAACUGAGUAUGGAGAACCAGUGUUCUCUGGACAUGAAAAGCAAAUUGAAUACAAGUAAGCAAGCUGAAAACGGACAACCAGAACCACAAAAUAAGGUUCCAGCUGAGGACCUUACAUUGACAUUCAGUGAUGUACCAAAUGGCUCAGCGUUGACGCAAGAGAAUAUCAGCCUCCUGUCAAACAAGACCAGCUCUCUGAACCUGUCAGAGGACCCCGAGGGAGGAGGUGACAACAAUGACUCCCAGAGAGCGGGAGUCACACCCACUUCUGCUCCCUAAAUUAUGAAGAGUCCAACUUUUAUCUUUUGCUCCUGAUCAAUUUGUGGGGCAUAGGGGUAGGAGAACAGAUAACUUCUAAACUUUUUCUCUGAGAGUGGUCAGAGAAAUCCAGGAAAAGUACCGGAGGCAAUGUGCACAAACACCACUACUAAAAACAAACCCUGCACAUAGUUCACAUUAAUGCAUUUUUUAAUUUAAAAAAAAGGAAAAAGAAAAAGAAAAUUAGCAGUAUCUGCAAGCAAUUCAGAUUAAAUUUGUUUUUGUUCUGUGAAUGAACUUUAUUUUAAUAACUUUGGACGCCUUGGAUCCAGGGCUUUAAAAAAAAAAAAGAAGAUAUUAUAUAUACACUCUGUUUGAUUAAUUGUAUGAUCUUAAUGAAGUAGGUUUUUCUUGUAUUUUGGUAUUAUUACAUACCCAGUGUAUAAUUCCUUUCCCCCAAUCCUUUCCAACUUUCACAAACCCCAUAAAUUAAAACAGAUAGAAAGCACCGCACUGUCUUGAGAAUUCUGUGGUGCUUGAGAAACAAAAAGACAGUAGUAGACUAGUUAUUAGAAAAUGUGCAGCAAACCAGCUUUUCUAAGAGCUAUUACUUGAAAGUCAUAAUUUUCUUUCCCUUUCUGGUAACUGGCUUCAUGUGUAUGUUUUUCAUAUGGCACUAAAACUUUUUGUUGUUCAGGAGGGAUUUGUUUCUUGUUUUUGUUUUUAUUUC